GCAGAAGCAUAGCAGCGUCCCGACGCGUCCCUACGCAAGUAAACGUGCGCCUUAGCAGCCGCGAACUCGCAAUCGUGCGCAAAAACUCUUUGCCGGUUUUUUCAAACAAACUUUUGCGGUUCAGUUUUGAAAAGUGGCUUGUUUGUGAGCGAGUACAAAUUAUUUGACGGAGUUUUUCCAAAAUUACCAUUAUCAUCAGCCCCAAAAAGGGUGGUCAACAGAAUAUUUUAAAGAAUGAGCAAGUUAGAGGGGGAUGGUUACUAAGUAAUCAGAAGCCCUAAAGGAAACAUGUUGGGAUCUAAAAGACAUCCAAAGAUAUUGGACUUAUUUUUCUUCUACGGCUUACUACUGCAGUGCUUGGCAGCAGACAAUGAGACGACAACGUUUUUAUCAGAGGAAGUGUCCCGGCUAAGCGAGGAGAUAGAGCUCGAAUCCGAAACAGUCGCUCGUCCAUCCUCCAAUAUUCCUGCCAACACUGCAGGAGGUGCAGCCUCUUUCUUGUCGGCAUCAACUGAGACAACUGAGAGCCCGGAAUUUUCCACCAAAGGCAGCGAGUCGGUGCGUCACGGUUACGGCAGAGGUCUGCCGGUGCCUCAUUAUCACCUUCCUGACUCCCGUUGGGGCCCUUUUUUCGAGGAAGGACCCGAACCCCAUAACAUCACUGCCCGCGUCGGGUCCACCAUCAUGCUGGACUGCCGCAUCGGACUGCUCAAAGACAAAACCGUGACUUGGCUACAUCAUAAAGAAGAUUCCAUACACUUGCUUACUGUUGGACGUGGGGCUUAUAGCAGCGACGAUCGUAUCACGCUUAGCUUCCGCUAUCCAAACAACUUUCGUUUACAAAUUGUCUACGUCACUAGAAGGGAUGAGGGCCUUUACGAAUGCCAGGUCGCCACACAUCCUCCCAAGGUCAAGAGAAUUUUCCUCAAGGUCACAGCUCCGGAAGUAAGAAUCGUCGACGAGUCUGGCAGAGAGGUGACGGAGCGCUACUAUAAAGCGGGCAGCUCCUUAGAGCUGACGUGCCAUGCCACUCAAGUCGGCGGUCCUUCUAAGGACCAUCCGAUAAUCUGGCGACACGGAGACCGCACCCUUGCGAAAGGUAUCAGCUCGAACAUGUCGACGGUGUCUGACACGGCCGUUUCAACACUGACCGUCAUCCCUUUGGAGAAAAGGCAUUCGGGAAACUAUACGUGCGCCGUAGGAGCAUUAGCUUUUGCCACAGUGGCGGUACACGUUCUUAACGGUGAACUUCCGGCUGCAGUUCAUCACGGCAACGGCGUAACGUCAAGCGGAGUUUCAUCGUUGAUAUUCUUCUCCCUGACGGUCCUUCUUUUGCUAAAGGCCAGGUGACCCCAACUUUUCUGCUGUCACUUUUAAAUAAUUAUUUUCGAAGGGCUAUCAGCUAUAUAGUGAUUUCAUAUCAAGUUUUUGUGACCAAAAUGUGAACGGGAUAUUAUUUUGCGUUUGUUUGCGACCUAUUUGUAUGCAGAGAUGCUCUUAAGACAUUAUAGGUAAAAUGAGCGUAAAAAGGACGUGUUUUUCUUUUUUAUUGCUCCCUUACGAUGAACAAAUCAAUUGGAACUCGCUAUAACGAAUUAUUUCUUUUCCUUCCCAUUUUUCCUUUACUCAGUCGAACAGUGUAUUUUAUUAAAUUAAAUGAAUGUGCAGACAACUCUAUUGCGUGGCAAUGCUAAAGGACAAGACAAUUAAAACACCUUAUUUCAUAUAUAUUCAAAUAAAAGACAUUAAAAUAGAGAUAAUUUAAUUAUAUAUUCUAUAACAUUCCAUUCCUUAGAUGACAUGUAUCAA